UGUAGGCACCGAGCAGCGGCGGUCCCGGACACGCUGGUGGACAUGGGCAGAGCGCCGGCACACACUCUGCUACUGUCGAUGGUGCUGGGCUGCUCGGCUGCCUUCACAGACAUCCUGCUGCCAGGCCCUGAGGAGCCAGUGGUCAACGUGGCCGUGGUGUUUGGGGGCACAUCCUACCCCCUGCACAUCCGCUCCCGCCUGAGCUCCCAGAGCUUCCUGGACAUGCCCCUGGAGAUCCACCCCAUCACUGUAGUCGUCAACAACACCAACCCCAGCACCCUCCUCACCCAGAUCUGCGACAUCCUCGCCGGCCACAAGAUCCACGGCAUUGUCUUUGAAGACAACGUGGGCACGGAGGCUGUGGCCCAGAUCCUUGACUUCAUCUCGUCCCAGACCCAGGUCCCCAUCAUCAGCAUCAGUGGCGGGUCUGCAGUGGUCCUGACCCCAAAGGAGCCCGGAUCAGCUUUCCUGCAGUUGGGUGUCUCCAUUGAGCAACAAAUGCAGGUGAUCUUCAAGGUGCUGGAGGAAUACGACUGGGGCUCCUUUGCUGUCAUCACCAGCCUCUACCCAGGCUACAACAUUUUCCUGGAUGUCAUCCGCUCCUUCACGGAUGCCAGCUACUUCGGCUGGGAGCUGCAGGAGGUGCUCACCUUCGAGAUGAGCCAGGAGCAGAGCAGCUCCAGGACGCAGCGGCUCCUGCGCCAGAUCGAUGCCCAGGUCCUCAUUGUUUACUGCUCCCGAGAGGAAGCCGAGUAUCUCUUCUCCAUGGCAGAACAAGCUGGGCUUGUGGGGCCAGGAUACGUCUGGAUUGUGCCCAGCAUGACAGUGGGCAACAUGGAGGUGCCACCCUCCUCCUUCCCUGUCGGCCUCAUCAGUGUGGUGACAGAGAGCUGGAAACUCAGCCUGCGGCAAAAGGUGCGAGACGGCGUGGCCAUCAUUGCCAUGGGGGCAGCCAGCUUCUUCCGUGCCCAUGGCUACCUCCCAGAGGUAGGGCGGGACUGCUGGACCCCCACCAGAGCCACCAACACCAACACAAGCUUCUACCGGCACCUCCUCAAUGUGACAUGGGAGCACCGGGACUUCUCCUUCAAUGAAGGUGGCUACCUGAUCAGGCCCACCAUGGUGGUGAUCACGCUCAACCAGCACCGGCUCUGGGAGAUGGUGGGUAAGUGGGAGAAAGGCAUCAUCCACAUGAAGUACCCGGUGUGGCCCCGCUACGGCUCCUUCAUGCAGCCCGUGGUCGACAACCGCCACUUGACAGUGGCCACCCUGGAGGAGAGACCCUUUGUGAUUGUGGAGAACACAGACCCCAGCACGGGCGUCUGCGUGCGCAACACCGUGCCCUGCCGCAAGCAGACCAACUCCUCCCACAGUGGUAAUGGCCUUGUGGAUCCCUACACCAAGCUGUGCUGCAAAGGUUUCUGCAUCGACAUCCUGAAGAAGCUGGCCAAGGCAGUGAAGUUCUCCUACGACCUCUACCUGGUGACCAAUGGCAAACACGGCAAGAUCGUCCGUGGGGUCUGGAAUGGCAUGAUUGGUGAGGUGUACUACAAGCGUGCAGACAUGGCCAUCGGCUCCCUCACCAUCAAUGAGGAGCGGUCCGAGAUUGUGGAUUUCUCUGUGCCCUUUGUGGAGACAGGCAUCAGCGUCAUGGUGGCCCGGAGCAAUGGCACCGUGUCCCCCUCCGCUUUCCUGGAGCCUUAUAGCCCAGCUGUGUGGGUCAUGAUGUUUGUCAUGUGCCUCACUGUGGUGGCCAUCACCGUCUUCGUGUUUGAGUAUUUCAGCCCUGUUGGCUACAACCAGAACCUCACCAGUGGCAAGAGGCCAGGAGGUCCCUCCUUCACCAUUGGCAAGUCUGUGUGGCUGCUGUGGGCUCUGGUCUUCAACAACUCAGUCCCCAUCGAGAACCCCAAGGGCACCACUAGCAAGAUCAUGGUGCUCAUCUGGGCCUUCUUCGCCGUCAUCUUCCUCGCCAGCUACACGGCCAACCUGGCUGCCUUCAUGAUCCAGGAGCAGUACAUUGACACUGUGUCGGGGCUGAGUGACAGGAAGUUCCAGAAGCCACAGGAGCAGUACCCACCUUUCCGCUUUGGCACUGUCCCCAACGGCAGCACCGAGAGGAACAUCCGCAGCAACUACCCCGACAUGCACACCCACAUGGUGAAGUACAACCAGCGCUCUGUGGAGGAUGCCCUCACCAGCCUCAAAAUGGGGAAGCUGGAUGCCUUCAUCUACGACGCAGCAGUGCUCAACUACAUGGCAGGCAAGGACGAGGGCUGCAAGCUGGUGACCAUCGGCAGCGGGAAGGUGUUUGCCACCACGGGCUACGGCAUCGCCCUGCAGAAGGACUCGCACUGGAAGCGGGCCAUCGACCUGGCCCUGCUCCAGUUCCUGGGAGAUGGUGAGACCCAGAAGCUGGAGACGGUUUGGCUGUCAGGGAUCUGCCAGAAUGAGAAGAAUGAGGUGAUGAGCAGCAAGCUGGACAUUGACAACAUGGCUGGGGUUUUCUACAUGCUCCUGGUGGCCAUGGGGCUGAGCCUGCUGGUCUUUGCUUGGGAGCACCUUGUCUACUGGAAGCUGCGUCACUCCGUCCCCAAGUCCCACAAGCUUGACUUCCUCCUGGCCAUCAGCAGGGGCAUCUACAGCUGCUUCAAUGGGGUGCAGACCAUGUCGAGCCCUGGGCGGGUGCCCACACCCGAUGUCACUGCCAGCUCAGCCCAGGCCAACGUGCUGAAAAUGCUGCAGGCAGCCAAGGAGAUGGUGACAACGGCCAGUGUAGGCGGCUCACUGGAGCAGGCCACCCGCACCAUCGAGGACUGGAGCAACCACAGCGAGCGCCUCCAGACCACCUUCUCCCUGAGGACACCCCAGCUCGUGGUGCAGAACAGCACCGGCGCACACCGGGGGCCGCCCCCCGGCCCCGCAGAGAGGCUGGGGAGAACCUGCGCUGCCAAGGGCGCUCCCCUGGGGCUGCCGCUGCCCCAGCCCAUCCCCGUGAAGUCCCGUCUGCACGGGGAGGAGAACUGGAGAGAGGCAAACGAGCACCCCCACCUGCUACACCCCCUGAAGUUUCGGGGUGACUGUGUUGGGGAUGAAGCCCUCACGGGUUUCCCCCACCUCCUGGUGAAGACUGCUCCAGGAGGGGAUUAUAGGGAGCAGAUGCUGGUGGGGAACCAUGUCGGGGCUCCCCUCCCGCCCCCUACAACCCCCAGGGACCUCCCACCACCGGACAUCUACAGNCGGAGGUGUGAUCGGGGGACAGGGGGGUGUCCGCACCCCUCUGCCUGCCCUUUGCCCGGCCAGCGGCUCCCGGCCGGGCUCCGGCCUCCCGGGGUCCUGACCGCCCGCAGAGGGAUGCUCCAAGCGGCUCUCGGCGGGGCUGGCAUCGGGGACGCCAAAUGCAUCGCCGCCGUUUUGCCGUCACGUUUCGGUUUCAUUUAA